AUGAGUCCUGAAGUCCCCCAAUCUACCGGCUCCAACCCUGAUACCCCCCUCAUCAAGACAGAAGUCUUGAUCGUUGGGUCGGGCCCCAUUGGUGCUGUUUUUGCUCGCACCCUUGUCGACAAAAAAAAGAAGGUCCUGAUGAUUGACAUCGGAGAGCAGCACACGAGACGCGUGGGUGACCACAAGAAGAACAGUAUGGCUGUCCAGAAGGACAUCAGUCUGUUUACCAAUACUGUCAAGGGAGAAUUGAACCUGCUCUCCGUCCCGACCAACACUACCGAUGUUGUCCUGGAGCCAUCAUCGUGGGCCCCCAAGGCGGACCAGCUCGCGUUCAUCAAGAAUGGUCAAAACCCAGACCAAAAGCCCUUUGAAAACCUACCGGCGGCGGCUGCAUCCCGCGUUGUCGGCGGCAUGGGCUCCCACUGGACCUGCUGUACUCCACGUGAAAAUCCCAUUGAGAGAUCAGAUCUCUUCAGUAACGAGGAGUGGGAUGGCCUAUACGACAGGGCAGAGAAGCUGUUUGAUACAACCGAGACCGCCUUUGACAAGUCCAUUCGUCAGCAACUUGUCAAGAAGACCCUCGAGAAGUCUUUUGAGGGCCGUGAGAUGAGAAGCAUGCCUCUGGCUUGCAAGAGAAGCGAGAAGAACCAGAACUACGUCGAGUGGUCCGCAACUGCCACCAUUCUGGGUGAUCUUUCGGACCCCAAGAGCCAGAACCCCCUGUUCGAAAUCAAGCCUAACACCCAGUGCCUUGGGCUUGCUCUGGGACCAACCAAACAGGUCGAGAUGGCGGUCGUCAGGGACAUCUUGACAGACAAACAGUAUUACAUCAAGGCCAAGAAGUACAUCGUCUGUGCCGGUGCCGUGCUUACCCCGGGAUUCUGUUCAACUCUUCUGAAUUUGGAAACUAUGAUCUGGCGGACUCACUCCCAGCACUGUGUUGAGAAGGAUCCCUACCAUCUUGGCUGGGACAAGUAUGUCAAGAUUCACCGAAAGAGACACCCCAAUGACCCACUUCCCUUCCCAUUCAACGACCCUGAUCCUCAGUGCUAUUUUCCUUUGUCUGAAAAGUAUCCCUGGCACACCCAGAUUCACCGCGACGCCUUUGGCUAUGGCCAAGUCCCCCCUACCGUUGACCAGCGUCUCAUCGUCGAUUUGCGCUGGUUCACCUACAUGGAACCAAAGGAGAGCAACUAUGUCGAGUUCUCCAAGACUUACCAAGAUCAGUUUAGAAUGCCACAGCCUACCUUUCACUUCUCCCUGGAUCAAGCCGCCCUGGACCGUUGCCAGGGUAUGAUCACUGAUAUGGUUGAUGUGGCAAGGAAGCUUGGAGGCUUCCUCCCUGGGGCUGAGCCGAAGUAUCUCGCUCCGGGAUCCGCUCUCCACAUUUGCGGCACCUAUCGCGCUGGCGAGAGCGACGAGGACAGUGUCGUUGACCGGUUCGGAAAAGUCUGGCAUCAGGAUAACCUCGUCCUUGGCGGCUGCGGUGUUAUCCCCACCGCGAAUGCCUGCAACCCGACCCUCACGGCUGCUUGUUUUGCCCUAGCCGCCGCGGACAAGAUCGUGGAGGAACUUGGGGCUACACAGUAA